AAACGUAACUGAAAAUCCACAAGACAGAAUAGCCAGAUCUCGGAGGAGCCUGGCUAAGCAAAACCCUGCAGAAAGGCUGCCUAAUUCACAGCAACCAUGAGGAAAGGCCACUUAAGGAUGCAGCAAGAAGGAGCCGUCUGCAAUCCAGGAAGAAAUUCCUUACCAGGAACCAAAUUGGUUGUCACCUUCAUCUAGGACUUCUAGCCUCCAGAACUUACAAAUGGUGAUGAUCAUCAGGUCAAGGAUAGUCUGGAGCAAUUGAGAUGUCACUUUACAUGGAAGUUAUCCAUUGAUGAUGAUGAAAUGCCUGAUUUAGAAAACAGAGUCUUAGAUCAGAUUGAAUUCCUAGACACCAAAUACAGUGUGGGAAUACACAACCUCCUAGCCUAUGUGAAACACCUGAAAGGCCAGAAUGAGGAAGCCCUGAAGAGCUUAAAAGAAGCUGAAGACUUAAUGCAGAAAGAACCUGACAACCAAGCAAAUGUGAGGAGUCUGGUGACCUGGGGCAACUUUGCCUGGGUGUAUUACCACAUGGGCAGACUGGCAGAAGCCCAGACUUACCUGGACAAGGUGGAGAACAUUUGCAAGAAGCUUUCAAAUCCCUUCCGCUAUAGAAUGGAGUGUCCAGAAAUAGACUGUGAGGAAGGAUGGGCCUUGCUGAAGUGUGGAGGAAAGAAUUAUGAACGGGCCAAGGCCUGCUUUGAAAAGGUGCUUGAAGAGGACCCUGAAAACCCUGAAUCCAGCGCUGGGUACGCAAUCUCUGCCUAUCGCCUGGAUGGCUUUAAAUUAGCCACAAAAUAUUACAGGCCAUUUUCUUUGCUUCCCCUAAGGCAGGCUGUCCGUUUAAAUCCAGACAAUGGAUAUAUUAAGGUUCUCCUUGCCCUGAAGCUUCAGGAUGAAGGACAGGAAGCUGAAGGAGAAAAGUACAUUGAAGAAGCUCUGGCCAACAUGUCCUCACAUACCUAUGUCUUUCGAUAUGCAGCCAAGUUUUACCGAAGAAAAGGCUCAGUGGAUAAAGCUCUUGAGUUAUUAAAAAAGGCUUUGCAGGAAACACCCACUUCUGUCUUAUUGCAUCACCAGAUAGGGCUUUGCUACAGGGCACAAAUGAUCCAAAUCAAGGAGGCUACAAAAGGGCAGCCUAGAGGGCAGAAUAGAGAAAAGCUAGACAAAAUGAUAAGAUCAGCCAUAUUUCAUUUUGAAUCUGCAGUGGAAAAAAAGCCCACAUUUGAGGUGGCUCAUCUAGACCUGGCAAGAAUGUAUAUAGAAGCAGGGAAUCACAGAAAAGCUGAAGAGACUUUUCAAAAAGUGUUAUGCAUGAAACCAGUGGUAGAAGAAACAAUGCAAGACAUACAUUUCCACUAUGGUCGGUUUCAGGAAUUUCAAAAGAAAUCUGAUGUCAAUGCAAUUAUCCAUUAUUUAAAAGCUAUAAAAAUGGAACAGGCAACAUUAGCAAGGGAUAAAAGUAUCAAUUCUUUGAAGAAAUUGGUUUUAAGGAAACUUCAGAGAAAUGCAUUAGAUCUGGAAAGUUUGAGCCUCCUUGGGUUCGUCUACAAAUUGAAAGGAAAUAUGAAUGAAGCCCUGGAGUACUAUGAGCGGGCCCUGAGACUGGCUGCUGCUGACUUUGAGAACUCUGUGAGACAAGGUCCUUAGGCACCCAGAUAUCAGCCACUUUCACAUUUCAUUUCAUUUUAUGCUAACAUUUACUAAUCAUCUUUUCUGCUUACUGUUUUCAGAAACAUUAUAAUUCACUGUAAUGAUGUAAUUCUUGAAUAAUUACUCAAAUCUGAUAAAAUAUUAGUUGCGUUCAACAAUUAGUGAAACAGAAUGUGUGUGUGCAUGCAAGAAAGAGAGAAAUCAUUUGUAUGAGUGCUAUGUAGUAGAGAAAAAAUGUUAGGUAACUUUGCAAGAAAUAAAACGUUGGACUUACAGUAAA